CUUCCACCGAGUAAAGGCGCGUCCCCGUAGCUGCACGGCGGUAAUUUAGAUAGUUUAGUAAUCAGAAAUCCCCCUGGGAAUCAGGCCAUGUUAUUGCAUACGUAUGGACGACGGAUAACCAGGCAUUUGGAAAACAUGGAUACAACCUUGGCGAACGGGUUUCGUGACUUGUUGGAAGUAUAACAUCGGGUUCCGGUGGCGAUAUUUUUUUUUCUGUCAGGAAGUUUGACGUAUUCGACCGAAGAUUAUUUCUUGCUUUGUUUUGGUUGUAAAAAGUUGUGGAGCACCCUUUACUCGAGACACCGUACCACAACUUUGUGAAACUGACGCUGGCAAAAACCUGAGUUUUCACUAUUUUUGUUUUUAUCAUUUCUGUUUGGCUCAUGUGAACACUUCAAGACCCGCAAUUUCAGAGGCUGCUGUUCUGCGAAGUCUAAACAUCGAUGGACUUUAUCCCACUUGGCUCCGCAUGACAUUGGCUAGCAAAUCGAGUUUGCAUGUAAAAGACACAAAGGUAGAAUAUUUUUUUUCCUGCCAUCGUCCGCCUUUCAUCCAGCUAUAUUUCUCAGCCGUCUGUUAUAAAUUACAUUAACCUGUACCGUUGUUAUGGGCCAGGCAGGCCGUUACCUUCCAGGAAUGUAUUUCUAUCCAUAUCCACGUUACAAUGCGAUGCAAUUAUAUGCAAUGCAAUCAUAAGAACAAAGCUACCUCCAGCCUAGAAUAUUUUGUACCCAAACGUGGCAACACAGACGACAAAAAUCUGCAAACUUAGCAGGAAGAGGGUCCAUCUAAAUCACGGAAAUCGUACGUCUUUCCCUCUGGCUACUCACAAAUGGAUUUCAUACAGGCCAUACGGCUAUUGUUACACCUUGAUGUGUAGUUUUUAUUCGUAGGCUGUUUCUCAGUCCGAGAAGCCAGAAAGCAUCGACGUCUAGUGUGACUUCUGAAAAUGUUUUGGAAAUGUGAGUUUUCCAGAGAUUCGAGGAUGCAGCGGCGCAGAAGUUCGACUCUGGCCCACAGCUGGAGCAGUUUGAUGUAGGCUUUUCCGUCGGAAUAUUCUCAGUGUGAAGCUCGCCGCUGUGUCUGAUGCGACCGUGUUUGUUUUUACAACCUGGAAAGAGAUAGUUUGUGUGUGUGUGUGUGUGUGUGCGUGAUCCAACUUUCCGUUAAAGAAGACGAACCCCCCGUACGUGGGGGGGUGAGCCCCGCCAUGGCGCCCUCCCAUUCUCCGGUGUGUAGCUCUGACUGAGGACACCGAUGGACGCCGCGAGACACCGGUGACUGAGUCGGCAGCACGCGACAGAAGACAGGCUGUGGGUGGGUUGGCACAGCAGAGACAAGUUUCUGAAGACUGGUUUGUACACCACGUACGCAGACAUCGCCAGAAUGAAUGAGAGGCAGGCUCUUCACUCUAUAAUGAAGGACCUGGUCGCCCUCCAGAUGACGCGGCGCCAACCUGUGUUGCCUUAUGACAGCGGGAAACCCAAGACACCGUCACAGGCCAACAGACAGGAUGAUGUCAGGAUAAAGUUUGAGUUCUCCGGAGAGAGGAGAAUCCUCAUGUUUGGACGACCUGUGCAGUUCGAGGAAAUUCAGCAGAAAGUCAAGACAGUCUUUGGCCAGCAGCUAGACCUGCAUUAUAUGAACAAUGAGUUGUCCAUCCCUCUGCGAGGUCAGGAUGACCUGGACAAAGCAAUCGACCUGCUGGACCGGAGCUCCAACAUGAAGAGCAUCAAAAUACUGCUUCUCACUCAGGAGCACAGCAACGCGUCCUCGCCCUCCCACCAUGCGCCAUGUAAGCAGGUGAGGAUCAAAUCCUCCCAGUCCACAGGAGACGUUAGCACGGUGUUCCAAUCCUCCGAGCCCAGGGGGCGCCACCUAUCAACUGGUUCUCAGAACACAGGGCGUAGUUCGCCGCCUCCUGGUUAUGUCCCUGAACGCCAGCAGAGGAUCGCUCGCCAGGGUUCGUACACCAGCAUCAACAGUGAGGGGGAGUUCAUCCCUGAGACCAGCGAUCAAUGUGUGCUCGAUCCAUGGAGCAGUGCAGAGAACUCUGUGUCUGGAAGCUGUCAGUCUCUGGACAGCAACUCAGACAGCCCCUCACUGAGGAAGUCUCGUAUGCACAGAGCCAAGAGUUAUCCUGAUAAUCGUCAAGAGUGCUCAGACAGAGAGAAUCAUGUGUAUGACAGGGUAGCAGGGAAAGGAGGCACCUAUCCUCGCAGGUACCAUGUUUCACUGCAUUACAAGGACCACAGCGAAGGUCGUCGAACGUUCCCACGGAUCCGUCGUCCCCAGGGGAACCUUUUCACUCUGGUGCCCUCACGGCGGUCGCUCAACGGCAGCGAGGAGAGCCUGGGCAGCUGGCAGCUGGUCGACGCACAGGGCAGACUGCGACCACAGGAUCGCCCAGUUGCCCAUAAGUCGCCCAGUGCUCCAGUGACGUGGCGCAGAGGGAAGCUUCUGGGCCAGGGUGCGUUUGGUCGAGUUUACCUGUGCUAUGACGUGGAUACUGGCAGAGAGCUGGCAGCCAAGCAAGUCCAGUUUGAUCCUGACAGUCCUGAGACCAGCAAGGAGGUCAGUGCUUUGGAGUGUGAAAUCCAGCUGCUGAAAAAUCUGCACCAUGAUCGAAUUGUUCAGUACUAUGGCUGUUUAAGGGACCACAAUGAGAAGACCCUCACAAUUUUCAUGGAGUACAUGCCAGGGGGUUCAGUCAAAGACCAGCUGAAAGCCUACGGGGCCCUGACAGAAAAUGUGACCCGGAAGUAUACACGACAGAUACUGGAGGGCAUGUCCUAUCUGCACAGCAACAUGAUCGUACACAGAGACAUCAAAGGUGCCAAUAUCCUGCGAGAUUCAGCGGGAAACGUGAAGCUUGGCGAUUUUGGUGCCAGUAAGAGGCUUCAAACCAUCUGCAUGUCUGGCACCGGCAUCCGCUCUGUGACCGGCACCCCCUACUGGAUGAGUCCGGAGGUGAUCAGUGGAGAGGGCUACGGCAGAAAGGCUGAUGUCUGGAGCCUUGGUUGUACAGUGGUAGAGAUGCUGACGGAAAAGCCUCCGUGGGCUGAAUACGAAGCCAUGGCAGCAAUAUUCAAGAUCGCCACCCAGCCCACCAACCCACUGCUGCCCUCGCACACCUCCGACCAGGCACGCGACUUUAUCCGCUGCAUCUUUGUGGAGGCCAAACACAGGCCAAGUGCUGAGGAACUGCUCAGGCAUCCCUUCUCUCAGAUUCUGUGCUGAGACCUGCUUGUUAUCUGAACUUUAACUACAGUGUAGCACAGUAUCCUCAGCAGUAUCUGUAGCCUCUGUAAAACCCAUCCAUGGCAGAAACCUAGACAUGGAAGUGAGCUAGAUGUCCAUGGAACUCUGCCACCAUUCAGAUGGUUCAAGGAAUACUCGGGUCUUCUUCCAAAAAAAAAAUCCAAAAAGAAGACAGUUUGACUACAGCAGCCAACACGAGGCCUUUCAAACCAAUGUACUUUUACAGGUGUCUCCACAAGGGGGAAACAAAAUACAGAUUAAGUCAGACACACAAGGAUGCGCUCCAGUCAGAGCAUUAUCGAGUCAUGGCUCAUGCAUCAGUAGUUUCGUCAUUAAUUAUCCACUCCUGUGUUUACAUUCACUCGUUACACAUUUCUGAGAAAUACCAGAAAUUCCCAAAGUGUUGGAACAUUUGAACAUUUAGCUGCACUCCAUUUUAAAGCUACAACAGGCCUAAAAGCUCAGUGUGCACAGUGGAGGCCACUCGUGCACAACAGCAUAAGCUUAACAGGAUUGUUCUCUUUUAAUCAUCUUGUCCUUCGCUCUUUUUCUCAAACUAAGAAAUAUCCGCUCUUAAACUCUUUAUUUAAGCUGUCUGCGAUGCACUUUUUCAGUUUCAGCCCCUCUCAAUUCAUUUUGCAAUCUUGCAGGUAGACUUCCAUCAUGAACCACACUUACUUGGAUCAGUGUCUUUGAAUUAUCAUGACAAGUGAACUGAUCUAAGCAUCUGUCAUUCUUCUCAUCCUUUGAAAAACCUAGGAGGUAUUUGGGACACGAAGUGGAGUAAGAAAUCAGAUCGUUUUUACAGUUUUCUGUAAAAACACCUCAACUGUCAUUGUAGGUCAUGUUAACUUUAUGCAUUUAACAAUAGAGAAUCAGUGGAUUCCUCUUCACCCUUAUAUGAUCAUGAAACCUAACAUACAGCAGGAAGAGCAGAUUUUCUUGUUCUACCCUUUGACCCUGUGUUUUACCUUUAGUGUCGCAGGUGUUCUCCUAUGACAAUGUGCCAAAUGGGGACAGAUAGAAUAUAAUGCAACAGACUUGGUAACGGUCAUACAAGAGAGAAUCAGAUGAUCCUUUGUCUGUUCAUGUGUGUCUGGCCCAAACAUCCCUGACUGAAAGGCUUUAUUAGCUCGAGGAUCAAUUUAAAUCAGAUGCACUUUUAUGUAAAAUGAAUGUUGUGAGCUUUUGUUCAAUUUUUUUUUUUUUUUUUUUUACUUCAAAUGUGAAAAGUUUCACUUUUAUUUAUAACCCCAUGUACAUUCCAAUUAGAUUUUAUAAGUAAAUGUGUAAAUAUAUUUUUUAUAUUCAGACUGUGUCAAAUUGCAUGAUGCAUUCAGGACUUAGUGUUGUUAAAAGUAAAUAAUUGAAAGCAGCUGGUUUUGCAGACAUUACAGAAUUGGGGUUUAUAAAUGAAAAAUGGAUGGAAAGCGAACUCUGGCUGCCUGGUUCUUGUUCCAGUGCACAAUUAUUUUUUUUUCCCCACACACCCUUAGCUAUACAUUUAGAAGACAGUAUUACCUGACAGGUGACGGAAACUUUGCAUCAUGGGCCAUAGUGCUCUGACACAUCUACGAGGACUUGUGAAUGAAACAUUUUAAGGAUGACUUUCCAAAAAAAAACCUCCUGGGAAUAUUUCUCUGUGAUCUGGGUGUUGUUAAAACAUAAUUAAUGGGGUGUGUGUGAGCCAAAGACGAGCAGGAUCAGAGCCAGCGCUGGUUGUCAAGAGUUCGCUGUUCUGCCCAGACGACGAUUUGGUUUAUCCCAGGGUUCAGACGAGUCCAGUGUUAAAUGAUUUUCUGGGCAAAGGGCUUACUGCUGCCUUAAUGUUAAUACAUUAGAAGAGUAUUUCUAUGGAGCUGCUACAUGCUAAAGGCAGCUAAAAUAUGUUCAGUAUUGUAAAUGAUGUAGUUCUAAGAAGGACCCUGGGAUAAGCAAAUGAACACAAUCUAGUUGUUAGAAAUCUAUAUAUGUAUGUAAUGUGUACCAUGACAAGACUUGCAGUGCAAAGUCUAAUGUAUCAAAUUUAUUUUACAGCAAGAAAAGAGUAGUAUGUUAUAUAUAUUCUGUAUAUAUGUCAACCCCCUCUUUCCAAAUCAAAUACAUUUUUAAAUAUACUGUCA